CCGGGACCUCCACGCUGCAGGCCGCGAAACUGGCAGCCCGGGAGCGGCCGCCGCGCAGGGGUGAGGCGGGCGGGGAAGCGCCCCGGGUCCCGGAUCCCGACGGGAAGGACUGCGCCGACCGCCGAGGCCCUGGGCGGGCCGGUGCUCGCGGGGCCCGGCUCUCCUCCAGGCGGCGCCGAGCGCGCAGUUCGUGGUUCCCGGAGGCGGCCGCGGGGCGGCGCUGCGCCCCUUCCCGCCGCUCGGCCGCCUGGCCCCCAGGCCCGCCCGCCGCGGGCGCUCUGCCGGCUCCCAGUCGGCGGCCCCGGGCGCGGAGCGCAGGAUGCACUGCUUCGGCGCCGAGUACCAGGUGCACCUCCGGGGAAGGACUUGGCGACUGGGAAUUCACAAACGCUCCGCAAGAGCAGGUGUUUCACAGGCUCCCAGGAAAGCUUAGGCCGCCACGUUGGAAAAAAAAAAAACAAUCGAGCAGUCUUCGAGUUUCUGCAGAGAGAACCCCCAGGGAAAGAGAGUGGCGACCUCAGAUUUAUAGGAAAUGCACAGAUACGAUAUGGUUAUCCCUGUUCUUUCUCUUUUGGACUGGUUUGGUGUUCAUCAUGGGCUACUCGGUGGCGGCGGGAGCCACGGGAAGACUCCUCUUCGGCUAUGACAGCUUUGGCAACGUGUGUGGCAAGAAGAACUCCCCAGUAGAAGGAGCCCCUCUUUCAGGGCAGGACAUGACCCUAAAAAAACACGUGUUCUUUAUGAAUUCCUGCAACCUGGAGGUGAAAGAUGUGAGGCUCAGUUCCACUGUCCUCUGUGUGUCCAGCUGUCCUGAAGAGCAGCUUGAUACCCUGGAAGAGGUUCAGCUCUUUGCAAACAACAGUGGGUCCUUCCUGUGUGUUUAUAGCUUGAAUUCCUUCAACUACACCCAGAAUCCAAAUGCAGGCUCCUUGUGCCCCAGUCUGCCAGUCCCUCCAAGCAAGCCUUUUCCUUUGUUUAACCGGUGCAUCCCUCAAACGCCUGAGUGCUACUCCGUGUUUGCCUCUGUUUUGAUAAAUGAUGUGGAUGCCCUUCAUCGAAUCCUAAGUGGAAUAAUGUCAGGAAGAGACACAAUCCUUGGCCUGUGUAUCCUCGCAUUAGCCUUGUCUCUGGCCGUGAUGUUCACCUUCCGAUUCGUUACCACCCUUCUCGUUCACAUUUUCAUAGCCCUGGUUGUUUUAGGAUUGCUGUUUGUCUGCGGUGUCUUAUGGUGGCUGUAUUACGACUAUACCUAUGACCUCAGCAUAGAAUUGGACACAGAAAGGGAAAAUAUGGAGUGUUUGCUGGGGUUUGCCAUUGUAUCCACAGUCGUCACGGCAGUUCUGCUCGUCUUGAUUUUUGUCCUCAGAAAGAGAAUAAAAUUGACAGUUGAACUUUUCCGAGUCAUAAAUAAAGCCAUCGGCAGCUCUCCUUUCCUGCUGUUCCAGCCACUGUGGACAUUUGCCAUCCUCAUUUUCUUCUGGGUCCUUUGGGUGGCUGUGCUCCUGAGCCUGGGAACUGCAGGAGCUGCCCAGGUUAUCGAAGGCGACCAAGUGGAGUACAAGCCUCUUUCUGGCAUUCGGUAUAUGUGGUGGUACCAUUUGAUUGGCCUCAUCUGGACCAGCGAAUUCAUCCUGGCGUGCCAGCAGAUGACUACAGCUGGGGCAGUGGCUACUUGUUAUUUCAACAGAAAUAAAAAUGACCCUCCUGAUCGACCAAUCCUUUCAUCUCUCUCCGUACUUUUCUGCUACCAUCUAGGAACAGUUGUAAAAGGGUCAUUUGUAAUCACCGUGGUGAGGAUUCCAAGAACCGUUCUCGUGUACAUGUGUAACGCUCUGAAAGAGAAGCAGCGUACUGUGUGGUCGAGAUACGUGUUCAGAUGCUGCUUCUGCUGUUUCUGGUGUCUUGACAGGUGCCUGCGCCAUCUCAACCAGAAUGCAUACACUACAACUGCCAUUAAUGCCACAGAUUUUUGCGCAUCAGCAAAAGAUGCACUCAAACUCUUGUCCAAGAAUUCAAGUCAUUUUACAUCUGUUAACCGCUUUGGAGACUUCAUAAUCUUUCUAGGAAAGGUGUUAGUGGUGUGUUUCACUGUUUUUGGAGGACUGAUGGCGUUUAACUACAACCGUGCACUCCAGGUGUGGGCAAUCCCUCUGCUAUUGGUUGCUUUUUUGGCCUACUUAGUAGCCCAUAGUUUUUUAUCUGUAUUUGAAACUGUGCUGGAUGCACUUUUCCUGUGUUUUACUGUUGAUCUGGAAACAAAUGAUGGAUCAUCAGAAAAGCCCUACUUUAUGGACCAGGAGUUUUUGAGUUUUGUAACAAGGAUCAACAAAUUAAACGACCCAAGGGCACAGAAAGACAAGAACUCCUUAAGGAAGGAGGAGGGAACUGAACUCCGGCCCAUUGUCCGGCCCACUGUCCGGCCCACUGUGAGAUAAACAUUAGAAUUCUACGAUAAAGGCAACAUUACCAACACUGAUGCUAUACUAUUGUAUAUGCUAAAACUACCUACUAAACACAGGUUUUGAAAGAUCUCUUCAGGAUAAGAUGAUAAACCUCAAUUUUUAAAAAAAAUAAUAAAAGGUAAACAAAAUACUGUUAAAGAUCACAUGCUCAAGUUCUUAAAGCUAUUCCUUGUCCUUGGGUCCUUAAAGAGGCUGGUCAAUCAGAGUUAUUAGAAGAACACGGCUGGGAAGAAGGAAAGAUUAUGUGUCAUUUUUCUCGUUAGCACAGGUGAAAAUGCCAGCAACAUGUAGACAGUGCCCAGAGGAUGGAGAUCGAGACGAGCUUGGGAGUCAGUUCCGGCAUUGGUGAAAAUGGAAAUGGUUUGCUUCUGUAAAACAUGAUUAGGUUUAAUUACUGAAAGAAAUGAAAUGGCAUGACAUUUCAGUCUUUGAAAGGUCCUCUGAGUUCUAGUCUCCAGCAGUCACAGAGGAGCCCUCUCCCCUCCCCGACCACCAAAGGGUGAGGCUUCUGCUUCAGCCCUGGAGGCAGAUGACUUCACUAAUUACUGUGUCAUUUAGGGAGACGGCAGUCCUCGAUCAUUUGCAUUCUCCUCCGGAGUUGGAGAAAUGGCUCUACACCUUUGACAGAAUAACGGAUGAUUUAUUUAAGCUGUAGAUUUACUUUACCAGGAUUACAAAUGAAAAUUCAAUGAGUUGAUAUCUUCAUAUUAAGAUAACUAACACUGUGCAAUGUUUCCUGGAUCAAAUUUUGGCUUGGAGGUUAGUUUAUAAAAGACGGUUUAGGCACAAUGUAAAGCUAUUUCCUAACGUGUGGUAAUUUCCUGCCCCCUGUUAACUCCUGUCCCCUAAAAACCACAUAUCUAUUCUGAUUUCCUGCCGGUCUGGGUUACAUGGGCACCUGGAUGUGGGAACAGGGGAGGAGGAGGUUGCGAUGCUGGAAGGGUUUACCACAGGGACACACCAGCGUCUGGUCAGCAGGAAGGAGCCAUUACACCUCAGACAAAUAUUCUCGGCUAAUCUAUCUCAUCAAACAUGUCUAUUUACGUAUGGUACUCUUAGAAGACAAAUAUAAAUUGGUGCAAAAAAAUUAAGACUUGGCUAUAUUUUCACACAGGAGUCUUGUUCCAGUUGGCUAGAAAAAGAAACUCUGUAUAUAAAUUUGGGGGUCGAGGUAUGGAUGGAAAGGAACAGGCAAAGAAGAAAAGGAGAAACUAGGACUCCUCAGGCACUAGCUACGGGAAGCAACCCCUCAGAGGGAGUUGAAUUUUUGCCCACAGCGAAGCACUCUCAACGGGGAGAUACAUUUCAAUAAAUCUAAAAACAAACCUGAUGCGUUAGGGUAGGAGGGGUCCUGCUCUGGCUCCACCCAUCUUACUAUGGGCCGUAAGUCAAUUCAUCUAACUUCGGACCCAUUUCCUGUCUGUACAACAGGAAGGAUGAAUUCAAUGAGAGCACCAGGUCUCUUCCCAUUCCAAGUUGCCUAAACCAUUUGGUCAAUCAGCAAAAAUUGGAAAGAAAUUCUUUCUCUUCAUUUUCUCAAAUGUAGAGAUGGAAGUUAUGGUGGAGAGCUUUUGGGUUUUUGUAGGGUGAUGGUAAUUCUUAACCAAAUGAGACCAAUUAUUCUUCAACCAAAAAAACAUAAAAGCAUAUUUAUGUUUCCUUUGUUCAAAAUGUGUCUGACAGAUUCAGUGCCAUGCCCCAAACCACAAAGGGAUUACAGAUCUAACUUGAAAUAUCCCAGUAGGAACGCCAGAAAGAAAUUUCCAUCUCCUCUGUUGACUGUUCUCAUCAAGCGAGUCAAGAGAGAAAAAUCAAGGACUGGAGUCAGACGGACCCGGGUUCAAACUCUGACUCCCCCUGACUAGAUGGAGAUAGGGGGAGCUCUGGAUGGCUGACUCUGUCUGAGACUUAAUGUAAUACACACACACAGAAAAAAUUGGCAAGCACACACAUGCAAAGCUCAAGACCCCAAAUGGUAAACUAAAAAUGAAAACUAGGUAUGCAUCCACAUCAUGGGACUGCUGGGUUUCACUCGCGGUUUUCCUUUAAGUGAAGGAGCAGCAAGGAUUUUUCUACCCAAGUACUGUUAAUAUAUUUUUUUUAAAGUGAGCUUUCUGUAGGAAUGUGUACUUGGUUUUUUUUUUAAGUUUGAAAUGAAAAAACCCAAAUUCUUAUGAAAUCAUCUAGGAAAAAAACCUAUUGCAAAUUGUCUUUUAGCUCCUGGCCUGCAGCACUGUUCCACAGGACACAGAAAUCUUAAGUGUUUCCCUUAAAAGUAUAUGAGAACACAACCCAAGCAAGUAUCAUUAGAUUCUUUAACUACAGAGGUUAUUUUUGAACUGUUUGAUAUACACACAUUUUAAAAUUGAGAGCAAUUAAAAAUAAAAAGUAAGCUUUAGCCAAUAAAAUUUAUUCAGCAUUUUCAUUUAAAAAUGCUUUAAUUUCUAAACACCAGGCAGAAAAUGCUGACAUAUUUCUUCCUUGCAACAAGAAAAUUUAAAAAUUACUUAAUCUUAUCUCAUUAAUACCUCAUGGAAAUUUCACUGUAAUUUGUUUAAAAUCACUCUUCCAAGUUGUUUAUAAACAUCAUUUAUCAACACAUAUAAACAUUAUUAGAAAAUCAUCUUCAAGAUUUAUCGGGCCUUCCCAAGAGACUUCCACUCUUUCCACCUGGUCCUCCCGAGUCCACAGCCGCCCCUUCUUCACCCGCCCUGUCCCCUUUCCCCAACACCCGGCGUUCUCUCCAGCAGCCUCCCAGCCCUGCUUUGGUCAAGGCACACGUGUGACCCACUCGUGUGCACUCUCUGGGAAGAACACCUGCCGAGGUCCUCACUGCCGCUCAACAACACUUCCCUGGCCAAAUACAAUCAAAAGGCACCGAAAAUAGAGACUGAAAGAAAGCCUUUGGGGCAUUUAAUCCUGCGAUCAGCCACCGCGCCCCGGCUGCGGGCACCUGCCAGUGUGCCUCUUUUCCUUCCUGCGCCUGUGCGCGGGCUCUGGCCCCGGGCGGCUGCAGCCCUCUGCUCUUCCCUUGCUCUCUGCUCAGCACAGCUAAGAGCACCCGUCCGGGGUCACACUCAGGUUCAGAGGCAGCUCAGAUCUUUCAAGCUGCGUGACCUAUCCUUUUGAUUUCUACAAUAACACAAAAUUACUCAAUUGUCACAAAAAACCCAAAUGGUACAGAAGUUUGUACAGCCUUCAUUCUCAGUGGGGGUGAGACGGCCCCCCAAAGAGGUGAAAACAACCUUAGUUACUAAAAUAAUUUUGACCUCCCUAACAAACUAUUCCUUUGCAUAAAAUUUGGUGGGGGUCUGGCCUGGUGGCAUAGUGGUUAAGUUCCUGCACACCACUUCACUGGCCUGGGGUUCCAAGGUUCCCUGGCAUGGACCUACGCACUGCUCAAGCCAUGCUGAGGCAGUGUCCCACAUAUAAAAUAGAGGAAGACUGGCACAGAUAUUAGUUCAGGCACAAUCUUCCUCACCAAAUUAAAAAAAAAAUUGGUGGGAGUGAGGAGGCAGUUAGGACAAACAUCUAAAAAGGGUCUUUGGGAAACAGAUGAUGAAAACAAGGUUGAGAAACACUGAGACAGAAAAAGCACGUGUCUCUCUUCACCCCUCUCCCCCAAAUCCUACUCCCUCCCCACACGUAAGCUCCUAUCUGCCAAUUCCUCUUCCAGACCACGGGCACCACCGUAUUACACAGAAUCACUGGACAAAACGGCAGAAGAAUGAGAUGCCCUCACAAACACCAGCCCUGAGGGCCUAAACUUGCUAACAGAGAAGGGAGACUCUCAAUCAGAUAAAAAGCCUGCUGGUGCUAAGAAGGGGCCACGCCCUUCCUGCCUGGAGGUCUGAGAAGUCUCCCUCUCAGAAUCCCUAACAGGAGAUACACUGAGAAGGGAAACCGAGCUUCAAAAACAUCUCAACAACCAACUCGAAAGUGCGAGUCCUGCGUCAUUUUAUGGUGCUUCUCAGUGUAAGCAGGACGCAUUUAGACAAAGUCUAACUUAGUAAAAAGAUGGCGGUGCACCCAGUAUGAGGCAGAGUGAUAAUAUUUAUGUCCAAGAACUGUGUAACAGCCCCCACUUACACAUAGGGACAUUCUAGAAUCUACUAGAGAAUGAAGAUGUGUCUUUCUCAAGUAUUCCUUCUCACGAUGUACUAUCACAGCGCUUGUAUUAUCACAAAGCAGACAGUUCCAGGUUCCUGUCUCUCGUGGUUACAGCAGUGUCCCCCAAAUUUCCAUAAGGCCUGAACUCUCACUGGGCUCCCUGUUUCGAGCCACCAGGACAAUCCAGCAACACCUCAAACUCUCCAAGUAAAAUCAUAUUCAGUGUAGCUUCCUUCUCUCUCCAGGGUUCCUUGUGUGUGGUGGAUUCUUCCUUCAACUUCUUUCUCUGUUACUCCUUCCUUCUGUCCUCCUUCCAAUGGCUACUGCAUACCAAGCCCGCUUCAAAGGCAAAGUCUCUGCCCUAAAAGCUUACAUUCUAGUGGAAAGAGACAAAUGCCUGCUAAAUAAGGUGUGUUAAGACACCUGCGAAACAAAAAUGAAGUAGGGUAUUUAAAAUAAGGGAGAACACAAAUACAGAGUCCACCACAGUCUCAAAACAGGAACCAAAACAGAUCUCCAUCUGCAACAGGGUGCCUCUUCCCUUCUCCAUCACUGCCAUUCUUGAUACCUCACGCAAGACAAUGAACAGGCUUUAACACUUUUUCACCUACCUUAACCUCCCACCCUAUGGAUCCUACAAACAUGUAAACACCUUUGCAAAUGUUCCAGGUAUUCACACUGGGAAUAGAACAGCCUAAAGAGCACAUGCCUUCAAGUCAAACACCAAAAACUUCCAAAAAGUGUGUUCCCAAUUCCAGUGUGACCUAAGCAAGCAACUUAACCCUGGUGACCCGAUUUCUCACUCAUAGUCCCCUUCCUUCCAGAGCCAGUGUGAAGAUGAAGCCUAUUCCAUUGGUAAAGGGGAGGCCAUCUCAAUGCCUGACACAUGGCAGAAUUAACACUCUCCCUUGAUAUCAGCUUGAGUACAGAGGUACAAAGCUUUCUAUUAACCAAAUCCCACAGCAACCUAUUCACUUUACUAUCUACCAUUCAAAAAGAAAGUUCGACUGCAAACAAGCCUAUCUCGGAUACUGCCCAUCACCAUUGAUGUCCAUUCCCAUCACCACUCAUCCAGAUCCUCCUUCCUACCCCUCUCUCUUCACUCCUCUCUACUUAGAAUGGCCUUGCAUCCCAAAUUCUCAUUCUUUUUCAGAUUAUUGCUGAUGAAAAGGAUGAAGUAACUUUUUUUAAAAGCAGGUUUGUAUCUAAUGGGGGCAGGGAUGGGAAUUUGAGAGAAAAUCACUUUACAUUUGGGGCAAUGAUGUCAAGGUAGAUUGCACGUGGCAUGCCUUCCUCCAGGUCAUUAUAGAAUCUAGACUCAUUCUACGGUGUGAAUUUGCUAAAGAUUUGAUGGGGAAUGAUUACAUAUUCCAAAGCUAUAGAAAGUCACAUUUGCCUGGGGUAAACAGGAGUGAUGCCUAAGGGCAUUUUAAAGUUGGAUCCUUCUCUGUGAGGUACAGCCAGAUCUUCACAUCCAGGUUUCAGCAUAUGGCACCAGCACAAUUUUUUCCCUCCAAAUAUGCAUGGGCAAAAAAAUACAAACACAUUAUGAUUCAGUGUACAAAUACUGUGAAACUGAAAGAAAGUAAAGCUUUUACGUUAACUUAAGAGGAGGUGAUCCAAUGCCUAAAGCAAAUAAAUGCUAGGAAAAAUGCAGAACAGACAGAACGCCAAUUUUGUCUUCUCGAUCUAGAAAAUGCAGACUUCAGACUACAAAGUUUAGAACACACAUAGUUAAAAGCAGAUUUUGAAAGUUCAAAUCUAAAGAAGGAGGGAGUGAGCACAGAGUCUGGAUCCCAGAAGGAGCUAGGCUCAGAAGUAUCGAUUAACAAAGACGCACGUAUUGAAUAGCUCACGCGGCGUGUGAGAAAGCUCGGCAAACAGCAAUAACAGGAACCCAGAGAUGGGCCCAGUCCUUCCCCACCCCCACCCAAAAGGCAAGGGCCUCCACCACAGGCUGAAGAGCCUGGCUGUCCUGCUACAGUGGACUCCUGAGAGGUUGUGCGGGCACUGGUGGGGCGGAGGCGGGGAGCAGACAGUCAUCACCAUGAGCCAGCAUAGGUAUGCAAGGCAUAUCCAAGAACACCUUUAUUCAUCUUUGUACCCUUAGGUCCCAUGUCUGGCGCACAGUGGGUACUCAAUAAAUGAUUUUUCAUCCACUGGUAGUAUUACUGGGCUAGGGAAAGGCCGCAGAUUUCAAGAUCUAUCUUGUUACAGAGAGGCAUCUGCAUUUGAAUGCUGCUGGUUUUUAGGGGCAUCACAUCUCUUUGAUCUACGCAUCUAGUAAUCUUAGAUGCAUCACUAGGGACAUAUUUGUUUUACUUUCUGAUAAAAGUCUCUUAUGUCUAUGGCACUCCUUAAGUCCAGUUUGGUAACCCUAGAAGUCGGGCCUGGUCAGAAGCAACAACCGUGCCCGCUGUGCUGACCGAUGUCAAGGCAGGAGGAGCUCCCAGGGACGUGAACCUCGAGGCUGAGAUUUACAUCUCUUUGCUUCUGUUUUGGUAAUCAACAAUUUGGAAACUAUUGAGAACACUUAGUAAACUUUAGAAAAUUAAAUUGAGACUAGCUAAAAAGAAACAAAACUCAGAUUCAGAAAGAUCUUAGCUUAAUAACAAAUUAUUCAAGAUAUAUGUAAAAUCCUGCCCCAAAGUUCUAGAAUUAACUAGUAAUGCUUACUUAGUGAGCCUAAAAUAGCUAAUGCUACCUUGGUCUGCACAGAUCUACAAUUCUUUAUAAAAUACUACUGCUUGCCUUAUUCGUUUGAUCACAACAGACUCAUGAGGUAACCAAGGAAAGGACUAGUUAAAUCGACAGGUGUGAGAAGAGUACAUGAACUAUAAAACCUUAGGCAGUAUCACUGCCCCUACUUUGGACAGAGGGAAAAUCAACUUGCCAAAGCAAGAAUUAGAAUCCUCCUGGACAGGGAGGUGCCUGUCUACCUCACCAGGUGAUUACGCUGAUCAAAAUAGAAUGAGUUAGUCCUUUGUAGUCAAACAAUGGAGUUAGUUAAUAAUCCCACUGGACCCUGGUAGGUUAAACCAUAUCUGUGGUAUUAUUGAGACCAAUUCUGAGUGUGCUGCGCUCUAAAAGGGGACGCUGAGAAACCGACAUCAGUUUCUAGAAGAGGCAAACUGGAUGGGGAAGAGACAAGAAAAAUCCUACACAGCCUAUUAUGAGAGACAGGUUAACCACCAAGAGUGGCUAUAUAUGACCUAGAAGGGACCUUGCGGGCAGGAGAUACAGGCUAGUACCAUCUAAAUAUUUAGAUGAAGUCACAGAAGAGGGAGUUGGUUUAUUCUGAAUGCCACACAGAGGUCAGACCCAGCAUAAAUGUGCAGAAAUUCUAGAGAGAUGGACUGGAGACAGGCAGGAAGGGAAAGAGAGCACAGGGGGCCAAUGACGCGCAGGUGAAGGGGACCCACGAGAAAGCCUGCUUGAGAACAUCCUCUCACUUUGGAAGGAAGACAACCUGUCAUGAAUUUUAUGUCACUGUAGAGAGCUUGCUGAAAGGGGACCUUAACAGAAGCCCCACAGGAAAAUAGAUGAAAAGACAGAUGCUCUUCCGUGAUUUGUUUUCUUUCUCACCUCUACAAGAUUUAAGGGUCCACCUCACUCAUCACAGUAUUUGCAGGCAUCCAGAUUUUUUGCUGCUAUCCAGAUUUUCAAUCACAGUCAAAAGUCAGUCUGAAUGUGGUUCCCUUUUCCAGUCCUGGAGCCCGAGAAGACCCUCUCAUGAGGUCACAGGGCACCUUCCACACCUCGACAGACAGCCAUCUCCACAUUUUACCUGAUUUCACUUUUCUCCUCAGCAAGCCUCUAGGCGCCCCCUAAAUAACCUUUGAGUCAGGCAUGUGGAUAGCACUAAAAAGUUGUCUUUUCUUUUCUCUUUCCAUAAUUACAAGUAACAUUGUGGCAGUAACUUUUCUGUAGCUUUGGACUGUGUACUCACUGCUCAUCAACUAUUUAGCAAGUUCGCUUCAUAGGACGUCUCCAAGUCCGUUAUGGCCUUAGGAGGCACAAAAUCCACCUCCACGGCCCCAAGUGUAAACUGUAUCUACAAAGAACUUAUCUCUGCCGGUGUGGGAAACCCUCUCCACUCUGAGAUCACUGACCACAUUCACCCAAGGGCUCCCAGCUGCCUACCCCGAAACUGAGUCAAACACACACCACCGCCUUGCUCUGAGCUACUGAUGGGACGGGCAGAAAGGAGCCCAAGGAGAAACAGAUGCCAGCCUUUCAGUCAGCCUUCAGUAUACCUGGAAGCUCCCCUCAGGGAUCCAGAUCCAGCUCUCAGAUCUGAAUGCCAUUUCUGCUUACCACAGUGGAGUCUGUCCAGUUAAGAGAGAUGGCUUUGCACAACCAGUGAAGAACAGAGUUGAAAGACCUCCUUUGAAAGGUAGGUAGACGCUGGCUAGUGAGAUUUCAGAGUCUUACAGAUAUAUUAAGUGUGCAAGAUACCAUAGUCUUUUUCUCUCAUUAGAGGAUAUGAAAUUUCCAUUAAAAAGCAGGAUGGAAUUUCCCAUUUCCUCUUUUUUAAAAAAAUUAUAAUUUACCUCAUGAAAUAGCAUACAAGAUAUAUGACACUCAACUUUUUUUUUAUUGCAGUAACAGUGGUUUAUAACAUUAUAUAAAUUUCAGGAGGACAUCAUUACAUUUUGAUUGCUGUGUAGAUUAUAUCAUGUUCACUA